GGAUACUCAGGCAGCUCAGCUUUCCCAUAUCAUUUUGCACUGUCUGCGAUUUAUUUCUGAAAAUAAAAUAGGAGGAUGGCAUCUGGGAAUAGCAUAUCUCGUCGCCGGACGCAUAAUCUCCUGCUGUUGUCUUCGCUCUUGAAUCAACGAGACACAGCAUCUCCAUUGACACUGCUUCUGGACUCGUUGGAGCAGCCGGCCACACCAUUACUCAGGGAAUACAUACGACGGGCAAGGCUAUCCAAGUCGCAAGUAACUUUUGUCUCUUUUGAGACUUUCACACGCCCUGAAGGGGUGGACUCCUUUCUUUCUGCCACAAGGAAGAGUCCGAACGAGGUAGCAAAGGAAGUAGUGGCAUCCUUUCCGCCCCGGGAUGAUAAGUUUCCCGAUAAAAGAACUCUUGUGAUCAUCGACUCUAUUCAUCCGCUAGUAUGCCGCAAAGGUGCUGGCCAGGAGGUAAACGUAGCCGAAUUUCUGAGCAGUAUGCUCAGCGCUGCAAGUAAAAGAACGCAGAUCUCCCUGAUCGUUGUUUACCACCAAGAUAUGCCUGCUCCACGUAACUCCCUUCCUUAUUCACCAUCGCUGCUGUCUCUCUUAACAUACUUAGCAACAAGUAUCUUCACUGUCCACUCGCUAGCACAUGUGCUGGCCCGGAAAGCUGCAGCCGACAGGAGUAUGGUUACUCCAGUGUUUGGCCUUGAGGAAGAGAGGGACGGCGUUAUUAUUGGCCGACAGGACUCCGGUAAAAGGCUCGGAAAAAAUGACGGCAUUGUACUAGAGAUGGAGCACAGGCGAAAAAGUGGCAGAGGAGUUGUUGAAUGGUACUUUCUUCCUGCUGCAUCGCAGUACUCUCAAGGACAGGCACGGGAGGUGGCGAUACUGCUUGACGACCAUCCGCUUUACAAGCGGGAAGAAGAGCCUGGCCCGCCCACGGGAGAUGAAGAACCGGUGUCAACAUUCGAGCUUGGGCUCACGGAACGACAACGCAGAGAUAGAGAAAAUGUGGUCCUCCCGUAUUUCGAUGCGCAAAAGGGUGAAGGCCCAGGUGAAGGGGGGCGCAUUCUAUACGAGAUGGGAGAAGAGGAUGAUUUUGACGAGGAAGAAGAUGAAAUCUGA